UUAUGCAGAUCCGAUAUAAGCAAUUUCAGGGCCAAGGAGGAGGACAGAAUUACACAGGCAAAGAUGGGAACCUCUGCCUUCUUGCUCUUCUUCCUCUGCUACCACCUCCAUCUCCAUACCUCUCAAGCCCAAACAAGCAUCAUAGGCCCCUCAUGUACGCCUAACCAGACCAGCAAUCCAUGCCAAACCUAUGCCUUCUACCGAGCCAUGGCUCCUGAUUUUCUUGACCUUGCCUCCAUAGCUGAUCUUUUCUCAGUUAGUCGCCUCAUGAUAGCACAACCCAGUAACAUCUCCUCUCCAUCUUCACCUCUCAUCCCUGACCAACCCCUCUUUGUCCCUUUGACUUGCUCUUGCAAUACCUUCAAUACCAGUCUUAGCAUCUCCGCAUCAAAUCAGACUUACAAAAUCAAGCUAGACGACACUUUCUACUUUGUGUCCACUCAGAAUUUCCAGAACCUGACCACCUACCAGUCUGUUGAGGUUUUCAAUCCAACUAAAGUCCCAACCCUGCUCCAAAUCGGUGACAAUAUAAUCUUUCCGAUCUUCUGCAAAUGCCCCAAUCAAACCCUUUUGCAAAAUCAAGUGAAUUAUUUAGUGUCCUAUGUGUUCCAACCUUCUGAUAACUUAUCAGCUGUUGCUUCUCUGUUUGGGAUACAAUCCGAUGCCAUAACCAAUUUGAAUGGCAAUAACAUACAACCUUUUGAUACCAUUUUCGUUCCGGUGACCCAACUUCCACUGCUAACACAGCCUGCCGUGGCUCCUGCUGUUGCUCCUGAUGACGAUGACAGGAAAGCGGAGGUUACAGGGUUGGCAAUUGGGCUUGGAAUUACUGGGCUGUUGUUGGCUUUGGUUGUUGGUAUUUGGAUUUACAGAGAAGGGUUAAUGAAGAAGAGAAAGGCAGUGAGUGAUGAAGAGAAACAGAAGAUGCAAUUCAACAUGGGAGGGAAAGGGUUCAAGGGGGCAGAGGUGAACUUGAUGGCUGAUGUAUCAGAUUGCUUGGACAAGUACAGGGUGUUCAAAAUUGAAGAACUUAGAGAAGCUACUGAUGGGUUUAGUGACAAUUACUUGAUUCAAGGGUCUGUGUACAAGGGAUCCAUUGGUGGAGAAGUCUAUGCAAUCAAGAAGAUGAAGUGGAAUGCCUAUGAGGAACUGAAGAUCUUACAGAAGGUAAACCAUGGAAAUUUGGUGAAGCUAGAGGGGUUCUGCAUAGACCCUGACGAUGCAAACUGCUAUCUGAUUUACGAGUACAUUGAAAAUGGCUCUCUCCACACAUGGUUACACGGGAACAAGAUGGAAAAACUGAGCUGGAAAACAAGGUUACGAAUUGCCACUGAUGUUGCAAAUGGUCUGCAAUACAUCCAUGAGCACACAAGGCCUCAAGUCGUACACAAAGACAUCAAAAGCAGCAACAUUCUCUUAGACUCGAGCAUGAGAGCCAAAAUUGCCAACUUUGGACUAGCAAAAUCUGGAUGCAAUGCCAUAACAAUGCACAUUGUUGGAACUCAAGGCUACAUUGCACCCGAGUAUUUAGCAGACGGUGUGGUGUCAACGAAAAUGGAUGUUUUCUCAUUCGGGGUGGUUCUGCUCGAGCUUGUAUCGGCCAAGGAAGCUGUGGAUGAAGAGGGUAAGGUUUUGUGGGCAAAAAUUGAUGGAAUUUCGAAUGGGACUGAGGAGAAGAAAGCGAAGAAUUUGAAAGUAUGGAUGGAUGAGGUUCUGUUGAAGGAGUCAUGUUCCAUGGAUAGCGUGAUGAAUGUGAUGACUGUCGCCAUUGCUUGCUUGCACAGAGAUCCUUCUAAAAGGCCUACUAUGGUGGACAUUGUUUAUGCGUUGUGCAAGAGUGAAGAUUUCGUCUUUGAAUUAUCAGAUGAUGGAUUGUCAUCCCCUCUUGUCGUGGCAAGGUAAAUAGUAUUGUGAUGUUAUAGGGACCUUUGUAGGCUAAGCUAGGGAAGGAGAGUUUGCGAUGGUUAGGGGGAGGGUUGCGAAAGGAUUCCAUAGUAAAUUAUUCAAUGUUAUAAAAAUCGUGUCGGACAUUGAUCCGAGCGAGAGACUGGGUUACUAGUUCGUUGGUUCAACCAACGGAUCAUCGGUCGAACUGCAUCGAUCAAACUUGUAUUAAUAUUAAAAAUUAUGUUAAGAAUAAUACCAUCAUAAUAUUAUAUGAUCAUUCAUAAAAAAA